CUAUUCUUAGUAGGAGGGCGUUUAGUAUAAAAUAUCAGAGAUAUUUCAUUCUCAGUCAUUUUGGUGCUGUCACGAGACGAACUUCCUUACCGACGUUUAUUGUAAUUUCAGUUUCCUUUUUAAAAUAUUUCGGAACGAUCAACAUUUUCGUAAGAGAGGAACUGAAAAGGAGCAAAGAUCGACACAACACCGCAACACUCCCCACUGCUAAGGGAUCGGUAAACUGACAGUCGGAGAAACAAGCGUGCCAGAGAAGCAAGGAAAACAGGACCAAAGGGUUUCGGAUAGGGAAGGCGUGGAACACAAGAACACAAAUCAUGUCAUUUUUGCUCAGACAACUUUGUGCCACAUUGGUAUUAGUCGUGCUUAUCAGAUGCUCACAGUCUUAUUUUGCAUUCCCUCGACAAGGAAGGGCAAUGAGCUUCUAUUUCCCGAGAAUGGGCAGAUCUGGUGACAACAAUUUGGAGGAUUCCAUGUUGUGUUGCAGUGGGGUGCGCUCGAUUCUUACAACCGAGAAGGCAAUCGAUAUAUGCUCGCCCGAUCAAGCGUGCUGCUCUGGACUCAACCAGAAGACAAAGCUGUACAAGAACGUGGUCAUCACUGAAUGUUCUGAGGACAGUUUAGACAAGAUACGGGCUUACAUCGGUGAAGACUGAUGGCUUUCAGAUCAGAGGGACUAUUUUCUCUCGCUAGUUGUUUAUCAGUCUGUGUAGCUGUGAUAUGAUUGUUCUGGCAUAUUUUGUUUGGUAAUGCUUGCUAUUGUUUGACGUUUAAAGCGAAUCUCUCAUUAAAAGAAAGUAAACAUUAAGAAGUGAUAUUGGAACUAAACACGUUUAAAAAGAGUCUUUAUCAGGGGCUCAACUUAGACUUUUAAUCAUCUUUAAUCUAUUUGAAGUUGAAGGCGAGAGAAAAUAAAUAUGCUUUAUUUUCCGUGAAGCGGUAAUAAAGAUUAAAAAAAUAAUGAUUUUAGUAUUGAUUUUGAAUUACUGUCUGUCAGUUGGUGUUUGGCGUUGGUUUAAAUAAACAAAACACAAAAUUUUAACAUAUUUUGAUAAAAUAUUAUCGGUUUUAUAAAAUAUGUGAGCGAUUCGUUUAUUGGUAUAUUCUGUCAAUUCAUUCGCACCCUUUGAAUUUAUGUGCUAUUUUAGGUAAAAAAUCAACCCCGCCUUUCCUAUAAUAAAAUUAAUCUAAUGAAUUUGAUUUUUUCACGAACUAAGAACAAUCUUUAAACCGCGUCAGAUGGGUUAACCAGAUAAACGUCAAAUGUACAAGAGUGAUUACAAGUUAACGAGGCACCAAAUGACGGACAGUUUCUUGACAGAAACACAUUCAGACAAUUAUUUAACAAUAUAGGAACUGAUGUACUUUUAUAUAAACUCAAAGUGAAUUCCACUUAGAAAAUGGUACCUUGUAAUUUAUAUCAGGCCUAAAAUAGCUGUGUUUCUGGUUGUACAUAUGCUGAAAAAAGAGUGUCAGUAGGACGACAAGUGUUUUUGUUUUAAUUUGUUUACUUCUUAAACUUGUUCAGGUGAAUAUCGUUACACCCAAAGGCACCCCAUUUGUAUUGAAUAAUUAUCAAAUGAUACAAUUUAUUAAUGUAAAUGUUGCAAUGCGCAUUAAUGAACUUUUAAAAACGCCAUAAAAAUGCAGUUGUGAGUAUAAUGUACAACCAGAAACACAACUAUCUUUAGCACUCAGACAUUAAUACAUUUUGAAAAAUAAAAUCAUGGUUUUUCUGUUUGUUGUCAUGUUAAAUAUGGUAAAGUAUUUAUAUAUGUUUACUCUAUAUCGUGUGAAAUACAGAGCUAUUUAAAUAUCAAUUAAAUACACAACACCAAC